UCGAUCGUUGUGUUUGGUUUUCCUUACGCAGAAAAGCAGAAAAAAAUUCUACGUAUUUCUAGAAAACUUUGCAAGAAAAAUUUUAAGCAAUAAUUGGCCACAUCUAAUCAUCUUCGUCCGGAUAUCAUUUCUGUUAUCAAGAACAACAAUUUCGUCACACAUUUUUGCGGUGCAUGUCGAUUGGCUGAACGUCGGAAGACGAAGACACGCCAUAACGUACAUAAUAGCACGUACAAGAAACGUCGCCAACAAGAGCGACUUUAUAUUUUGAACAUACAUAGACUCAGACAACGCAUGUGCUUAAAGUGUAAACGAAAAUGAAAGACUUAGAAAUAGUGUCUAGGCUGCCGUUUGUUAUAUUAUUGGAGAUCUUUCUGACUGUUGAAAAUGAUACAUUCAACUUUUACUUUUAUUAUGGUCGAUUAUUUCAAGUUACUGGGAUCAUGUUUUCUUUGUGGUGUUUCCUGCUUCAUCAAGAACAACUUAUUGCUGUUUACCAUUACUUGCUGUUUAUCAUUGAUAUGACUCUAAUAUUAUACCUCAACUUAUAUAAUACGAUUGAUUUUGGAAUGUCUUUAGCAAACCGCCAAACUGGAUUAACAUUUUGGGAGAUGUUUGUUGUUUUUCCCGUAGUAACCGGAUCUUGGCUCUUCUACAUCGCCUCGGUCAUCUUAUACUCUAAAGGACUCCACACAAAUAAACCAAUCAUAUUUGGUUUCUCCACAGCUCCAAUUUUUAUUCAUCGGUUAUGGGAUGCGGACAAUACUCCAUUGUGGCUUUCAUUCUUCGUGUUUAUAUCUUCAUAUCUCACAUUACAAGCCAUGGAGUCAAUGAUAAAGAGUGUUGUGCAUUAUAUAUGGAAAUCGUUCCAUGUUGCCAAAUGGUUGUGCCGUAUGUAUGGCUGGACCAUAUUCUUUUUAUUUCAUUGGCGAAGGUUAUAUAUAGCGGACACAUUAUCCAUGUUUUGGGCAAUUGCCUUUUCCAUCAACUUGAUUCUCCAACAUCUAUUUUCAUUUUAUUCAAUGUCGGCAUCAGUUUUGAUUUUUAACUCUGUUGCACACAGUUGUACAUCAUUGCUAACCAUGUUAAGCAUGUGCUUCAUCAUUUAUAAAAUAUGCAACUUCCUUUUAACGCAUGUUAAACAUUUUUUCCAUGAAGAUAAUUUGGCUGUCGAAGAAUCUUCUUCACCAUCCGGAGUGAGAGAAGCUUGCGGUUUUUUCUUUUUGGCAUUAUAUACAGGCGUGGCGAGUUGCGAGCCAAGCAGGAAAAUGUACCUUUUGGAAUUGAUAUUCUAUUUAAUUCUUGCUGCCUUGAUCCGGUCAAUGUUCGAAGUUGUUGAACCAGUUUUACUUGCUCUGGGCUCAUUGCCAGCAUCAAGUGUGAAGAAGCAUCUACGAAUCUUGCUUUUCGUAUUCUUCCUUUUGAUUGCAGCAUUUUAUCUAGCUUUUAAUGUGUAUGAAAUGAAGGACCGAAUACCUUUCAUGACACCAAACAUUAUAACCAUUGCUCAAAUAUUUGCUGCUCUUGUACUGUACUUGUUGUACUGCUACGAUUCCUUGUAUCAAGGUGUUUGGGAGGAACUUGAUGAUUGCGUCUACUAUAUUAACGGAGGAUGUCGUGCAUUUGAAUUUGUUGUCAUUGCCGGAGUCCUCUGUUAUCGUUUAUGCGAUUUCACAUUGGAAUGGACCAUUUUUCAGAUUGCCAUGGCACUUCUUCACAUAUAUGUGAAUAUUUGGCAGCCGGCAAGAGAAGGUUGGCAGAGUUUGCGUAAAAGGCAUAGUGUUUACCAGAAGUUGAAUGCACUGCCAGAAGCAAGUCGUGAAGAAAUUGAUUCGCUUCAGGAUGUCUGUCCGAUAUGUCUUGAGGAACUUAAAACUGCACGAGUGACACCUUGUAAUCAUUACUUUCACAAUAUUUGUCUGAAGAAAUGGCUAAAAGUGCAAAAUAAAUGCCCCAUGUGUCAUGCCACUAUUUUGGCACUUUGAACUAGUCUUAUUCUAUACAUAUAAUCUAAUCAAGAUGUGGUAUUUGUAAAUACUUGAAAAAUUUACGAACGAAUGCAUGGGAAUUUUGACAUAAAGGCAAGUUAUUAUUACGACCUAUUUCCCCUUCGUCACAGGAUGAUGUUGCAAGAUCAAAUUUCUAUUGUUAUUGACUUUGAUGACAGUGACAUGAAGCAUACAUUUUUCCUACUUUCGUGUCGCUACUCGCAAGCACGAAAUCUAUGUCAACCUAGGCAACGGUUGUGUGAAGAAUACAUAAAUACAGUGGAGGGUACUUGCUUGGAUAACCAGUCGGAAAAUCCGUACGAAACUUGCCGAUUGAACGAUGUGAAUACCCGACUGACAAUAUGACCUUGUAUGCCAUUGUUUAAACAUGUGUAACUGAUCAAGCUCUGCUGUUGCUUAGUUCGUCUCAGAUUAUCGUAAAAAAACUUAAGCCAGACGAAAGGAAUUUACAUGAAACAUGGUCAGCAUUGAAGAAGAAAUGAAACAAAAGGACAAAGAAGCCGCCGUCCUGAAAGCCAAUCAUAAAUACGAAAUUUUACUUAACAUCGAACUUGAAAGAAUCGAGAAAUGCAAGCGAACGUACGAAAACUUUCACAAUUUCGAGGUCUCCGUGAUGAGGCAUCGUCAACAUAAUAUACUGCAGAAACAGCUUGAAUUGAGGAAAAUUGUUGCGGAUUCCAAUUUUGUUGAGUUUGGUCGUCAUUUCGGUUUGCUUGAAAGAGGCAAGACGCGUCAUAAAGAAACUUGUUCUCCGAAAAUAUCAAAAGCACAACAGAACGACCAGCACGUACAGCGAAACAAGUCAAAUAGUAUUCGUCAAGAAAUCUGCGCUCAUUAUGCUAAUAACGGACGAAAAAAUUUCGGCACUAAAACAGUAAAAAAUAACUGGGCAAGAAACGAUAGCCAAGUCCAUCAAAAGUUAGCAACCUUGACUACGAAAAGGAAAGAAAUGUUCCCUGAUUUUAAAUUUAGGAAUUAUCGAACAAAAACUCCCCUAAAGGCAAGCCAUAAGGACUCGUCACCAUUUGACCAAUUUAGAGAACGACUCGAUGAAAGUUGUCGACGAACUGCAAAACGUCAAGUUAAAAGAUUACUAAGCGCCCAACAAGACGAGAAGUUUGAUUUAACUACAUUUUAUAGAACACGUUCGGCUGAUGCGCAGAUAACCUCAAUAUAUUUAAUGUGAACAAAAGCAAAGAAUGACUGAAGUAUAGUAAACUUCUGUGUUUUGUGUAAAGUAGUUUAUUGACAAAUAAAUUAUAUACAUAUAUUGCAAUAAAA